AUGCCCACGCCAUGGCCGGUCUCACUGAGUAAAGACUCCCCCGACAGCCAGGCCCGAAGCCCUGGCCCGGGGCACUGUGAGAUUCAAGGAAAUGACCCAGGGCCCGCCAGUGAGCCAGCCUCCAACCAGGGCCGUGGCCGAGCAAGACUGCUGCCGUCUUCCAGCCUCCUGUGGUGGCCUUGGAGAGCCGAGGCUCCAGCCAAAGGGCCUGGCUGGGUGACGUCCUGCACGGCCUGGACCUGGGCUGCUGCCCCACCCAAGGCCUUUGUUCCAGUGUGCAAGGGAGCAGGCCUCUCCGCCUCCGCCAGCUCGGGCCCCAGAGCGGGGCGGGGUCUGCCGUGCACCCGAGGGUGUCAGGGUGACAGCCUGUGUCUGGGGCUGGGAGCUCUGCGGAGCGUCCCAGUGCGGGAAGGGGUCCCUGCCAACGUGGGGUGCCGAGGCGGCUGGUGGGACCGGAAGAGCCGCAGGACGCCCGGCUGGAACGUCCUGGGGAGCAGCGAGGGCGGGCAGCAGCUGUGUCUCAGGAGGAGGCCGCAGCCCCUGCUCCGGGGCCCAGGUGACGGGCAGCCCCACCCCGGACAGCAGGGUCACAGGAGGGCCCUACGAGGUGACCACCGCGCCCAGGCCCUCCCGGGUGGGUGGCGGGCACCGAGAAGCCGCACUGUUCCCGACCGACGCCCAGGCCCCGGUCUGCGCGGGGCUCGGCCGAGGCUCCAUCCCGCUGCCCGGCUGGCCUCUCCCACUCCCGCCCUCUGGCCUCCUCACAGCCCCAGCGCCCCCCGGCCCCUCCUGGGCGGUGUCCAGCAGCUGGGCUGGGCGCCGCACUCUGUGGGCUGGUGUCUGGGCCCAGGACGAGACCCAGCCAUGCCGCACGCCCUCCGGGCGUGGGCGAAGGAACGGGGUCAGGAGCCAUCCUGUCGAUGUCGACUGCGGGGUCCUGGGCCGGCGUCCAGUGGGGACCUGCAGCUGCCGAGGGUGCGGCUGUCGGCGAGGACAGCUGGGCGGCGGGCGGGCAGAGGUGGGGACAGCCUGGCCGCAGCCAUCGGAAAGGCUUCUGUGGAAAGCGUGCGGGUGUCAGAGAACAGGUGGCUCCGUGACUCAGCCCCUGACCGGAGAUGCGGCCACGCCCUUCCCCGACCGCCCUGGGGCCGGGAAGCAGCCCUCCGAAUUGGAACCGCCUGGGAGCCGCACCUCCCCUGACCUCGCCUGGCUCCUGGGGCAGGCAGCGCUGAGCCUGCCCGCCCGGCCCGGCCCGCAGUACCGGGGAUCAAACUCAGGACCGUGGGGUUUCGAGGCAG